UUAAGGCAAGCCUUAAAUAAAAGGUCUAAUAAGUUCGCCGGAGAUAUUGAAAAUUCAAUAAAUUCGCUCCACCGCCGGUAGCGCCACCACACCGAAACAUGGCGAUGCAAACCGGCGUCGCCACUUCUAAAGUAUUGAUACUCGUCGGCGCAGGUUUGACUGGGUCAGUCAUAUUGAAGAGUGGAAGAUUAUCUGAUCUUAUCUCACAACUUCAGGAGGUGAUAAAUGGAGUGAAUGCGGCUGAGACAUCACCUGGUAGAUAUGAUACUGCUCUUCUAGCAGCUCAGAUACGACAAUUAGCACAGGACAUUCGGGAGAUGAGCAUAUCAAAUCCAAUUACUAUUUAUAAGGAUUCUUCCUCCAGUGGGAGCUAUGCUUCUUACAUUCUUCCAGCUGCGGCAGUUGGGGCGAUGGGAUAUUGUUACAUGAAGUGGAAGGCAAGCACGAGGAGACUUUGUUUGUCAAUGCUCAACAUCAGAUGUUUCUUUAUGCAGGUGAGUGACGUUAAGGCUAAUCUGAAUCAAAUUGGUUUUGAUAUAAACUUAAUCUAUGAGAUGGUGUCUGGACUGGAAGGGAAGAUUGAGCUUCUUGAGAGUAAGCAGGAUGUGACUAAUUCUGGUUUGUGGUACUUGUGCCAAGUUGCUGGGGGCAUUAAGGAUGGUGAAAAUCCUAAAGUUAUUCAGGGCAUCGAGGCUAAACUGAUAGAGCAUUCAAAGGUGACUCCCAAGGAAAACUGGGUGAAGGGGCUUGAGUUCAUUGCUGAAUCUAAUGAAUCAAGCGUGCCACCAAAAUCGGUUACUGAUACAGAAGGAAAAGUUCUUAGUGACAAUUCUGCUAAAGGUCCAGUUGCUAGCAAAAUGAGGAUUCACAGAUCUUAUCCUGUUGGGUUGUCUUUAACAAGGAACGUGUUGGGUCCAGGAUUCUGAUCUCAGUUUUUCCUCUAUUCACAGUUAGAUUACUUGGAUGUGAUUACCCAAUUCUUUUCGUUUAUAUUGAUCCACAGCUGAUUGAUUUGUGCGCCUGUGGUCGUCGACAACAUUAUAUAUACAUGGUUGUCUUGUUUGGUGUUUU